GUGUUGCAGGUUGGAGAUGUCGUGGUGUGAAGGUUCUGGAGGCAAGAUGUCUUUGGUCAAGUUGCUCCUCUCCUUAAUGCUGCUACACACACUUUCUGAAGCCUCUAAUCAGCCUCCUCGUUUCCAGAAUUACUUCUUCCAGUCGUACUUGCUUAUCUAUGAGAACACACCAGUGGGUACAUCCAUUACCCAGCUGCAGGCGGUGGAUCCGGACGGCGAGCCGUUGAUUUUUGGUGUGGUGGGGGAAGAGGCCAUGCGGUACUUCGCUGUGCAGGAGACGACUGGGGUAGUGUGGCUGAGACAGCCGCUCGACAGGGAGACCAAGUCAGAGAUGCAGGUGGAGUUCUCAGUUAGUGACAGUCAAGGGGUAGUCAAGGAUACAGUGAACAUUCAGAUCGGAGAUGUAAAUGACAAUGCACCAUCCUUUUUCAACCAGCCCUAUGCUGUUCAGAUACCAGAGAACACUCCAGUGGGAACGUCCGUGUUCAUGGUGAAUGCGACAGACCCAGAUCAGGGCGUGGGCGGCAGUGUGCUCUUCUCCUUCCAGCCUCCAUCUCCCUUCUUCUCUAUUGACGGUGCAAGAGGAAUUGUUACUGUGACGAGAGCACUGGACUAUGAGACGACAACCACCUAUCAGCUCACUGUUAAUGCCACGGACCAGGAUAAGAGGCGUCCGCUCUCUAGUCUGGCUAAUUUGGCGAUUGCCAUCACUGAUGUUCAAGACAUGGACCCCAUCUUCACCAACCUCCCGUACAGCACUAAUAUAAUAGAGGACGCACCACCAGGUUAUGAAGUCCGUAAGAUCACGGCGAUCGAUCAAGACUUGGGGCGACCACGUGGAAUCGGAUAUACGAUCAUGUCAGGUAACACCAACAGUGUGUUUGCUCUUGACUACAUCAGCGGAUCCCUGAAAGUGAGUGGACAGCUGGACCGGGAAAACCCAUUGUACUCAUCCGGAUUCACCAUCACAGUAAAGGCCACAGAGCUGAAUGACGACCGGACACCCUCAUCUGCCACCGUCAUGACCACCUUCACCAUCCUGCUGAUUGAUAAAAAUGACAAUCCGCCCAGGUUUAACAGCUCUGAAUAUCGCGUCCUGAUCACAGAGCUGGCGCAGGUCGGCUUCGCUCUGCCUCUGUAUAUACAGGUCGAAGACAAAGAUGAGGGGGUGAACAGCAUGUUUCAGGUGGUCCUGACAGGAAAUAACUCUGAGCACUUCAGCAUCUCUCCCACCUCAGUGCAGGGCAGAGCAGACCUCCGUGUGCGUGUGGCCAUCCCGCUGGACUAUGAAACUAUCAGGACCUACAGCUUUUCUCUCUAUGCCAACGAGUCUCUAUCAGAGCAUGUGGGGUUUGCCCGAGUCUUCAUUGACCUCGUCAACGAGAACGACAACAGACCGAUCUUCAGCCAGACGCUUUAUAACAUCAGUUUACCCGAGAGCACCACUCCUGGAACAUCUCUACUGCAGAUAAAGGCCACGGAUAAUGACAUUGGCACAUUUGGAGCGGUUCGGUAUUACUUCAGCGAUGAGCCAGACCAGUUCUCUUUGGAUGUUGAGACAGGUUGGGUGACUCUGCGAGACUGGAUGGAUUAUGAGCUCAUGAGGCGCUUUACUCUAACAAUAUUGGCCCGUGAUGGAGGAGGGGAGGAGACUACAGGACGCCUUCGCAUUAACGUGAUGGAUGUAAACGACAAUGCGCCAGUCUUCCAGAAGGAGGUGUAUACGGGUUCACUAAUGGAGAACGAACAGGCUCCGCAACAAAUAGUCCGAGCCCGGGCGACGGACGAGGACUCUCCUCCCAACAACAUCCUGACCUACACCAUCAUCUACGCCUCUCAGUUUAGGUCAUAUUUCAGCAUCAGUGUGGUGGAGGGCUCCGCAGUCAUCACGGUGAAUCGUCCUCUGGAUUAUGAGCAGGUUCCAGGUGGAUUGAUCUUUCUUUCUCUGAUGGCCAGAGAUGGAGGGAACCCGUCCCUCAACAGCACUGUUCCAGUCACGGUAGAGCUGUUUGACGAGAAUGACAACCCACCCGAGUUCAGCCUCCCGUCUUACAUCGUCAACAUACCUGAGAAUAUCAUUGCAGGAGCGACAGUGUUGUUUGUGAACGCUACAGACCUGGACGCGUCUCGGGAGUUUGGUCAGGUCUCUCUCAUCUAUUCCCUGCAGGGCAGCUCUCAGUUCAGACUCAACACUCGCUCAGGAGAGAUCACCACCACAGCUCUUCUGGAUCGAGAGAUGAAGUCUGAGUAUAUUCUGAUCGUAAGAGCCGUUGAUGGAGGCGUGGGACCACAGCAGAAAACCGGCAUCGCUACGGUGAACAUCACUAUUCUGGACAUAAAUGAUAACGUCCCCAUGUGGCGAGAUGAGCCGUAUCAAGCGAAUGUUGUGGAGAUGAGUCCCAUCGAUACUGACGUCAUUACUGUAUUAGCGGUGGACCCUGAUUAUGGUGAUAAUGGGAUGGUGGUCUACUCUAUAAAUCCAGAGAACCCCUUCUACACCAUCAACCGCAACACCGGGAAGAUCCGCACCAGUGGGGCGGUGCUGGACAGAGAGAGUCAAAACGUCCGCUUCGCACCGCUUAUGAGGACCAUCAUUGUCUCUGCUACCGACCUUGGGACGCCUCCACUGCACUCUUCAGCCAGCACUACAGUGUAUGUGAACCUCCUGGACCUCAACGAUAAUGAUCCUGCCUUUAUCAACCUCCCAUUUGUCGCUGAAGUACCAGAGGGGCUUCCCAUUGGAUCAUCUGUGUUCAGGGUGCAGGUGCAGGACCCUGAUGAAGGUGACAAUGGUGCGGUAACCAUGGCGCUUCAGAUGGGGAUGCCACGUCUGGACUUCAGGCUCAACACCACCACAGGAGUCCUGGUUUCCACCGCAGUGCUGGACCGUGAGCUGAUUGGCCAGUAUUAUCUGAGGAUUAUUGCGUAUGAUGCAGGCCAGUUCCCUCGAACUUCCACGAGUACUCUCACUAUCACAGUUUUGGACAUGAAUGAUGAGACGCCAACCUUCUUCCCCAGCAUUUAUAACGUAUCGUUGGAUGAAAACGUGCCCCGUGACUAUGUGGUGGUCAGACUGAACUGCAUGGAUAAUGACACGGGUCUAAACGCAGAGCUCAGCUAUUUUAUCACAGCUGGGAACCAAGAUGGAAAGUUUAGUGUGGGUUUCCGGACCGGAAUAGUACGGACUGUGGUGGGUCUGGACCGCGAGACUCAGGUCUUGUACAGUCUAGUGAUUGAAGCGAUUGAUAAUGGUCCGGCGGGAAGUCGGAGGACAGGAACAGCUACAGUAUUUGUGGAGGUGCUGGACAUCAAUGACAACAGGCCUAUAUUCCUCCAGAACAGCUAUGAGACCAGCGUUCUGGAGAACAUACCCAGAGGAACCAGUAUAUUACAGGUUCAGGCCACAGAUGCAGAUCAGGGAGAGAACGGAAGAGUUCUGUACAGGAUUCUCUCCGGUAACUGCAACAAUGGUCAGUUUAACGUGGACAGUCUGUCUGGACUUAUCAGCAGAGGAACUGUGGCUCUGAACCGAGAGACACGUAGCUCCCAUGUGCUGGAGGUGGAGGCCUACAACAGUGACCAGGGCAGCAUGCGCAGCUCUGUCAGGGUGAUUGUGUAUGUGGAGGACGUGAAUGACGAGUCUCCAGUCUUCACUCAGUCACAGUACAAUCGUCUGGGGCUCAGAGAGACUGCUGGGAUCGGUACAUCUGUGGUAGUGGUCCGAGCUACAGACCCCGACACAGGUGAUGGGGGUGCAGUAGCGUAUGCUCUGGUUUCUGGCUCUGAUCAUAAGUUUGAGGUGGAUGUGAGUACGGGUCUGGUGACUACAGUGGAUUACUUGGACUACGAGACCAAGACCAGCUAUUUAAUGAACGUCUCAGCCACAGAUCAGUCUCCACCGUUCCACAGCAGCUACUGCACCGUCUACAUAACUUUACUCAAUGAACUGGACGAAGCCGUGGCCUUUCUAUCAGCCGGUUAUGAAAUAUCGCUGAUGGAGAACAUCGCCUUGGGAACAGAGGUGGUCCAGGUGAAGGCGCAGUCGGCCGAUAACCUGAACCAGCUGGCGUACCGCUUCGACCCUGACACCUCACCUGCUGCUCUGGCGCUCUUUAAGAUUGAUGGGGUCACGGGUCGUAUAACUGUGACGGGACUGCUGGACAGAGAGAGGGGCGAUUCAUACACUCUCACUGUUGUGGCCGAUGAUGGAGGACCCAAGAGAGGCUCCACUGUGAAGGUUUCAAUCACCAUUCUCGAUGAGAAUGACAACAGCCCUGAGUUUGACAUCACUUCAGAUUUGUCAGUGGCUAUUCCAGAGGACACACCAAUCGGCCAGAGAGUUGCUGUCGUGUUGGCACGAGACAAAGAUGCUGGAAGGAAUGGACUGGUGAAUUUCACAUUGAUCGCGGGGAACAUGCAGGAUGUGUUUAAGAUCAACACAGCCAAUAAUACAUAUGGAGAGAUUUACUUGAAUGCCCACCUGGACCGUGAAGCUGUUGACCGUUACCUGCUUAAAGUGCGGGCGACAGAUAAUGGUUCCCCUCCGAGGUUCACAGAUGUGUCGCUCACAGUGAAUAUUCUGGAUGUGAACGAUAACCCUCCCAUGCUGCAGAGCCCUCGUGGGUACAACGUCAGCAUCAGUGAGAAUGUGGGUGGCGGUACAUCUGUCCUGCGUGUUGUAGCGACGGAUCGGGACAUCGGACCCAAUGCCAUGCUGUCGUACUACAUCACCGGCGGUAACCAGGACCUGACCUUCAGAAUGGACCGUAUGACGGGAGAGAUAGUGACCCGACCGUCACCUCCUGACAGAGAAAAACAGCAGCAGUACACACUCGCUGUGACUGUGGAAGAUGACGGAAUGCCGCCUUUAUCGGCGUCCACCAUCGUUUGGGUCCGUAUCAUUGAUGAAAAUGACAAUGCGCCUGAGUUUCCAGAGGAAGAGUAUGUGACGGAGCUCAGAGAGGGGCCAAACACUGUAGGAGCCAUUAUCGCAACGGUUACUGCCAUCGACCCUGACGAAGAACUCAACGGAACCAUCCGUUAUUCCAUCUCCAAUGGCAACCUGGCCCAGACGUUCCAGAUCAAUAGCAUAACGGGUCAGAUUGUGGUCAUUAAGGAGCUGGAUUAUGAGAUCAGUAAUGGUCAUUAUGUGCUGACGGUCACAGCCACAGAUCAGUGUCCUAUACCUCAGUUCAGACGGACCUCCAGCAUCACAGUCCUGGUGAAUGUAGUAGAUGUGAACGAUAACGCACCCAUCUUCCCGAGACCAUUCGAAGGUCCGCUUGAGAUCACAGAGGGUCAGCCGGGCCCACGUGUGUGCACCGUUAAAGCCACGGACGACGACUCGGGAUCCAAUGGAAAAGUGGAGUACAGCAUCACCGCAGGGGACCUGAAAAAUGAGUUUGUAAUUUCAUCAGUUGAGGGAGAGUUAAGAGUGAGGAGAGAUGUGGAGCUGGACAGAGAAACUAACGACUUUUACAAUAUCACCAUUACUGCCAAAGAUCUGGGAACGCCAGCGCUCAGCGCUACGGUGGUAGUAAGCAUUCAGGUGUUGGACAUUAAUGAUAACGACCCCAUCCUGCUCAACUUACCCGCUAACACCAGCGUGAGCGAGGGAGCACCGAUCCACACCUCCAUCACUCAAGUGUGGGCACAAGACUCUGACAGCGACCGCAAUGCUCUCCUCACAUACAGCAUCACCGCCGGCAACAGUGACGGAUCAUUCUACAUUAAUGAGACAUCAGGUGUGGUUCAGGUGAACAGGCCGCUGGACAGAGAGAGAGUGGCUGAAUACAGCCUCACCAUCACCGUCAAAGACAACCCAGACAACCCUCGUAUCGCACGCAGGGAUUCAGAGUUGUUGGUGGUGACUGUGCUGGAUGUGAAUGACAACAGGCCCAUCUUCAGCCAGUCCAGCUACAGGGGCGAGAUCAGUGAAAACUCACCCACAGGCACCACUGUGUUGAUUCUAAAUGGCCCAGUUCUAGCAGAGGACAAAGACAUUGGGGAGAAUGCGGUGGUGAGGUAUCGCCUCCUGGGAACUAGAGUGGACCUCUUCUCCAUAGACUCCCGCACAGGGGUGGUAUCAGUGCGUGGGGGUGCUUUACUGGACCGGGAGGCCUUCUCUGUGCCGUGGGUGGAGCUGUUUCUGCUUGGGGAGGAUGUGGGCGGUUUAAACAGCACUGUUCCACUUACAAUCACCAUCCUCGACAUAAAUGACAACCCACCUGUCUUCAGUCCAUCCAGUUUCACUGUACACCUGCCAGAAAACAGCCCCACAGGUGUGGUAGUCACGCAGCUGUCGGCGAGUGAUGCUGAUGGUGGCUCUAACGGUUGGCUACAGUAUCGGUUAGACAGCGGCGCUCAGGACCGUUUUAUUGUUGAUGCUCUCUCUGGUGCCGUUGUGGUCGGCAAUGCUACACUGGACCGAGAGGAGCGUAGCUCGUACCGUCUAGUUGUCAUAGCAACUGACCGAGGCACACCCUCUCUCACAGGAACGGCGACGUUAACUGUUGUUCUGGAUGAUGUCAAUGACUCCCGUCCUCGUUUCAUACGGCCUGUGCAGACUAUCAGCGUUAAUGAGUCAACACCGCCAGGAGAGGUCGUAGCUACACUCACUGCCGAGGACCCUGAUCUACGACCCCGCCUGGAGUAUUACAUUAUCUCUGUGGAAGCAAAGGAUGAUUGGAAUAAUCCAGUGGAUGGGCUGCAGCAGUCGUUUGGAAUUGACUUUUACACAGGUGCUGUGUUUGUACGAAACCCCUUGAACCGAGAGUUGGUUAACACUUUUGAGAUCAUCGUUUCAGUGCAUGACAAUGCCAGUGAUGUUAUUGACAUGUCCGUCAGUGUACCCAACGCCAAAUUAACCAUCAACGUGCUGGAUGUGAAUGACAACGCUCCUCGUUUUCGCCCUUUCGGGGUAGCGAACUUCUCAGAGAGGAUUCUGGAGGGCGCUGUGUCUGGUACCACACUGCUGUCGGUGACGGCUGUGGAUCCUGAUAAAGGGCCCAAUGGACAGAUCAUCUACCAGCUCCUACACCUGCCCCGUGGAGACUACAUAAGACUUGAAGACCCUUCUACAGGUAAAAUUAUGGCCAAUCGGACUGUGGAUUAUGAACAAGUGCAGUGGUUGAAUUUCACAGUGCGUGCUCAGGAUCACGGCAUGCCUCCUCGCUUUGCUGAACUUCCUGUGUAUUUGCGCAUUGUUGAUGUCAACGACAACAACCCAGUUUUUCAGCAACCUUUAUAUCAGAAGUCCAUUUUUGAGGAUGUUGCACUCAGCACCAUUAUUGUAAGUGUGAGUGCGACAGAUGCAGACUCCGGUCUGUUCUCUGUCAUUGAAUAUGGACUAGUGGAUGGAGAGGGCAAGUUCGGCAUCACACCCACUACGGGUGACAUCUACAUCCUGUCUGCACUGGACAGAGAGACCAAGGACCGUUACACUCUCACAGCCUAUGCCAGGGACAACCCCGGAGGCAGCCCCAACAACCGCAGAGAAAACUCCGUCCAGGUGCAGUUGACAGUGAUGGAUGUAAAUGAUUUCCGCCCAUGUUUCUCAGAGAGAGUCUACACCUCUAGUAUGUUUGAGAAUGAGCCGGUUGGUACAUCAGUGAUCACAAUGAAGGCCCUUGACCUCGAUGAGGGGGAGAAUGCAUUACUUACCUACACUCUACAGGGUCCCGGAGCGGAUGCGUUUUCUCUGGAUCCUGACACUGGGCUGAUUCGCUCCCUGCGGUUACUGCAGAGUUUUGAGAGGUUUAAUCUGACUGUGGUGGCAACCGAUCAUGGCAGAACGCCACUCUGGGGAACCGCCAGUCUUCAGAUCACUGUCAUAGAUGUCAAUGAUAACAGGCCGGUCUUUGUGCGGCCUGCCAAUGGCACUAUCAUGCACAUACUUGAGGAACAGCCUCCUGGGCUGGUGGUGUAUGAAGUGUUCGCCACAGACGAGGAUGAGGGGGUGAACGGAGAAGUCCGGUACAGCUUCCUGCAGACUGGAGCAGGAAAUAGAGACUGGGAGAACUUCCAUAUUGAUGCAGUGACCGGAGUGAUCACCACUGCGGUUAAACUGGACAGAGAGAAACAUGCCCUGUACAGUCUGGUUGUGGUGGCGUAUGACCUCGGGCAGCCCGUCCCGUAUGAGACCAUGCAGCCGCUGCAGGUGGCUCUGUCUGACAUCGACGACAAUGAACCUGUUUUUCUUAAACCUCCGAGAGGAAGUUUGCCAUAUCAGCCUCUGUCGGUGCCUGAGCACUCGUCUCCUGGGACUGUUGUGGGCAAUGUGACUGGUGCAGUGGACGCGGACGAGGGCUCUAAUGCUAUCGUCUACUAUUUCAUUGCAGGAGGCGAUACCGAGGGAAACUUUGGCAUGAGUGCGGCAGGGGUUUUACAGGUCAAAAAAGAUCUGGAUCGGGAAGAAAUCCCAGUGUAUUCCAUCAUUGUUAAAGCUUCCAGUAACCGAAACUGGUCUCCUCCGAGAGGUCAAAGGUCACAGCGGGCCCAAGUGCUUGAUCCAAGCCGUGACCCUACAUUACAGGAAGUAAGAAUCUUCCUUGAGGACAUCAACGACCAGUCUCCAAGAUUCACAAAGAUGGAGUACACUGCAGGUGUGGCUGCGGAUGCUAAAGUGGGCUCUGAUCUGAUCCGGGUUCAAGCGAUUGAUAAUGACAUUGGCAACAACAGUCUUGUUCUUUAUCACAUUCUGUCCAUCCGCUACAUCAAACUGCAUUACAAUGACUCUGAAGACAUGGGCAACGUCUUCAUCAUCGGUGAGACUGAUGGAAUCAUCCGAACGUUUGACCUGUUUAUGGCAUAUGAUCUGGGUUAUUUUGUGGUGGAGGUUCUGGCGAGAGAUCUGGCAGGACACAGUGACGUGAGUCUAGUGGGCAUUUACAUUCUGAGAGACGACCAGCGGGUGAAAAUCGUCAUUAAUGAGAUACCGGAGCGUGUCCGGCUGUUUCAGGAGGAGUUUAUAAACCUGCUCUCAAACAUCACAGGAGCCAUAGUUAACACUGAUGAUGUACAGUUUCAUGUGGAUAAAAAGGGAAGAGUGAACUUCGCUCAAACCGAUGUUCUGAUUCAUGUAGUCAACAAGCAGACCAACCGUAUUCUAGAUGUGGAGAGGGUGAUUCAGCUGAUCGAUGAGAACAAGGAGCAGUUGAGGAAUCUGUUUAGAAACUACAACGUUCUGGAUGUUCAGCCUGCUGUGACCGCUCGUGCACCUGAUGACCUCACCACCUUACAGAUGGCCAUUAUCAUCUUAGCAGUUUUACUCUUCCUUGCUGCCAUGUUGUUUAUCCUGAUGAACUGGUAUUACCGCACAGUGCACAAAAGGAAGCUGAAGGCAAUUGUUGCUGGCUCCACAGGAAAUCAGGGCUUGAUGGAUAUUCUGGAUAUGCCCAACACAAACAAGUACACAUUUGAAGGAGCAAAUCCAGUGUGGCUAGAUCCUUUCUGCAGGAAUCUGGAGUUAGCAGCACAGGCAGAGCAUGAGGACGACCUUCCUGAAGACUUAAGUGACAUUGCUGACCUCUGGAACAGCCCGGCUCGCACACACGGUACAUUUGGACAUGAACCUCAGGCCUCUAAACCGGAAGAUGACCGAUAUCUACGAGCUGCUAUUCAGGAGUAUGACAACAUCGCCAAACUUGGACAAAUCAUGAGAGAGGGGCCAAUCAAGGGCUCGCUGCUCAAUGUGGUUCUGGAUGACUACCUGAGACUCAAAAAGCUGUUUGCUGCCCGCAUGGUCACCAAGUCAACCAGCCACGGUGACCAAUCAUCAGUCACAGAGCUGAUCCAAAGUGACCUGGAAGAAGAUGAUGAUGAGCGCGUUGGUGUUGGAGGACGAGGAACCCUUCGCUUCAAGCACAAACUACCGAUCGAGCUCAGGGGUCCUGACGGGGUGCAUGCAGUUCACGGCAGCACAGGCACACUGUUGACCUCUGACCUCAACAGCCUGCCUGAAGAUGACCAGCGUGCUCUGGCACGCUCCCUUGAAACCUUGCACGCAGAUGGCGGACUGUAUGCCGAACGCAACGCCCGAACAGAAUCUGCAAAAUCCACACCUUUGCACAGAAACAAGGGCAGCGACACUCUGUCUGAGAGUCCGUUAGAGAUCACAGAAUUAUGACUAGCCGAGGCCUCGCUGGUCUGAGAAAACUACAACAUGCAUGGCACUCCUGGCUCUUUGUUUUCAACAGAAAAUCUCUUCUGUAAUGUGGAGAAGAGUUCAGGUUUGUAAGGGCUAGGUGUGAGGAAGGUGUGUAGAUGAGUGUGUGGGCCUGGAACACCCAAAUCAAGGGUGGCUCAUCUUGUCAGGGCUAUUUCAAGAGUAUGAGACUGUUGCUACACACACUCAAACUACACAAUGGGUAACGAAUGCACUCUCAGACCAGUGGAAGGCCAAAUACGGACACUAGUUUUUAUUUAUUUAGUUUAGCUUUUUCACAUAGGACACCGGGGAAUAACAUGGUGAUGUAUGUGUAUAAUGAACUGUUGAAUUGCUUAGGAGAGUGUAUCUCUCGGGCUUUUCACACCGCAAUUAACCCUGGCUUAAGCAACAUUUCACACUUGGAAAUUGAAAAGGGUUUAACUCUGGGUUCUGAAGCUAAGACAGAGUUAGCAGCAGUAUUUAUUGCAGUGCCAUGGUUAUAUAGUGUGAAACUGUGCAGUGCUAGUAAAUGUUGAUAUGUGUAGAUACUGACAACCAGUCCUAAAUGAAAUCAUUCAAAUAUUCAUGCAGUUCGUAUGGCUGCAGGAAGGAUCUUUUUACAAUUAGUAGAGGGGGGAAGACGUGGCCUAGUAGUUAGAGAGUUUGACUCCUAACCCUAAGGUUUUGGGUUCUUGAGCAAUGCACCAGACCCCCAACUGCUCCUAGGGCGCCGCAGCAUAAACGGCUGCCCACUGCUCCGGGUGUGUGUUUACUUCUCUGUUUGUGCACUUUGGAUGGGUUAAAUGCAGAGCACAAAUUCUGAGUAUGGUCACCAUACUUGGCUGUAUGUCACAUCACUUUUUAUUUAUUUAUUUUUUUUAGAAUAGUCAAUGUUUAAAAGUAUUGAACAGUGAUGUUAAACAUGUUAACUGGAGAAAUUAUAUAACAGUAUUAUUUUUGUAUGUAUAUUUUUUUCCUAUAGUGUUUAAAUUCACAAAGCACGAUUCCAAAAAUACUGUUUUCAUGCAGGCGAUCCAAACAGUUGCAAUGUCUGCCAUUGA